AUGGCGGCCACGGUGACCAAGAAACUGCAGGAGCCUGGACGGGACGUUGACGGCGAGCUGAGCGAUGUACCCGCCCUCGUACUCGACCCGAGCCCCGGCCCUGGGUCGUUGUACACGGCGCCGACCCGCGAACCGGUGCCAACGGCGAUGCCGCCGCCGGCGGAGUCCUCGUCGAUGAGAAAGCUGGGGAAGCUCUUCAGGCUCACCGAAGUGCACCUAUGGGACGAUUUUUAUGUGAAGACUGAGGAUUGCGAUGCUACAGAGACUAGUGGUUGCACGGGAUCUCAAACAACUGAAAACCACAAUAAAGCAGCCAAAACAAUAGAUGAAGAUCAUUCAUUUGUUGAAGAUAUGGAAUUGGCUAGUCGCAUGGCAGAUCAAACUAGUGAUGACACACAUCUGGAUGAGCAGAGACAUGAAGUUAUUUACAAUAAAGCACUCAGUUUAUCAGACAUUCCUGACAAAGAGUUGAUAUAUAUAAGUGUGAUAGCUACCAUUGAUGAAGCACAAUAUGACAAAAAUAUGCAGAAUGAUAGUUCAAUGACUGAAGUGUUAGAAAUGAACCAAGAAGGUACUACCACCAAAAAUAAAAAGAGAAUUAGUUUUCCUUGGCGAGGGUGGCGUUCAAUAUGCAGCUUUUUGCUAUACCUACCCUUCUUGUAUUGGAAUCAGCGGUACUCGCUUUUCUCCCUUUUUGAUAGUGGUAUAAAGAUGGAUGAAGAGGGGUGGUUUUCAGUGACGCCAGAGCUCAUCGCAAAGCAUCAUGCAUCUCGUGUUGGUGCGGGCAUAUUGAUUGACUGUUUCGCAGGAGUUGGUGGUAAUACCAUCCAGUUUGCUACAAAGUGUAAGCAUGUUGUUGCUGUUGACAUUGACCCACAGAAGAUUGGUUAUGCACAGCAUAAUGCAACUAUUUACGGAGUAAAUGAUCACAUAGACUUCAUCGUAGGAGAUUUUAUUAAUAUAGCACCUCAUCUGAAGGUAUGCCUUAUGCCUUGA